ACAACAGAUAUUACGUAAUAUACCCGCGACUCCUCAAGUUGUAAAGCAAAGAGCUUGUACCAUGCUCUGUUAGGAUUGCUGGUAUUGUCAGUUUUAAGCAACGUAAGGGUAAUUUUUUAAGUUUAUUUUAUAUCAGAGUGAUCAGAUGAAACAACGCCAUCAAGAAAUCGGACAUAAUCCUUAAGUAACCUCAGUAAAGUUGGUAAAUGAAUGCUACCCGAGAGGAAUGGAACUCCUGCCAAUACUAGAACCAGAGGACAAGCCGCGAGAAAAGCAAUGGUAUGCCUUGGUACCCAGAGGACAAUGUCCUGGAGUCAGUGUUGGUCACACCUGCACUUUUUUACCAUUUGAUGAGGGAGGAAAGGGAAAGAUUGUCAUUGUAGGAGGCGCCAACCCAAAUGGCAGUUUCUCUGAAUCCAGUGUCAUUGACCUAGACCGUCAUGAGUGGGACAUUCCAGAGUGGGAGGGCUUGCAGGCCCGCUACGAGCACUGCAGCUUCUCACCUGAGGGCAGCCCCAGAAGUUUGUGGGUGUUCGCCGGAGCUGAGCAAAGUGGAAACCGCAACUGUGUCCAGGUCUUACAGUUGGCAGCAGACAGUGGUUCCUGGAGAAACAUACAGGCAACGGGAGAGCCGCCCUCUCCCAGGACUUACCACACUAGCACAGCCUGUGUUGGGCACCAGCUCUUUGUCUUCUCGGGGGGAGAUGCUGGGUCCACGCCUGUGGCUGAUCCACAACUUCAUGUCUUUGAUACAGGUACGUCGACGUGGUCCCAGCCUGCGACCAAAGGAAAGCCCCCCUCCCCCAGACAUGGCCAUGUGGUGGUGGCUGUAGGAACCACCAUCUUUAUCCAUGGUGGCCUCGAAGGGGACAAGUUUCACAGUGACAUGUACUCCCUUGACACCGUCACCAUGAGGUGGGAGAAGGUGAAAACCAAGGGGGACGUUCCCUCAGGAAGAGCCUCUCACUGUGCGGUGACUCUGAGGAACUGCAUCUACAUCUUUGGUGGGAUGAUGGCAGAGGGAGCCACCAACUCUAUGUAUAAGUUCCAUACAGGCAAACACCGGUGGACCUUGAUGAAGUUUGAAGGGGACCUACCCUCGAACAGACUGGAUCACUCCAUGUGUGUGGUGCCCUGGUGCGUGAGGACUGAGUCUGCUGGAGAGGGCGAUACUGCACAGAGCAGGAAGCCAGAGGACCCCCAUCUCUGUUUUGUGUUUGGGGGAAUGGACACUGAGGGAGUGAUAUUCAAUGACUGCCUUGUUACUGUUCUGACAUAACCAAGAACUAUAAUUCUGUUGUGUGUAAAUAAACUGUCACAUGUAUUUCAUAUACCUUGUGUUCUACCUA